CUGAUUAUCCGGGUUUAAAUCCGAUAGUGACAUCUUUCAAAAAUGACAAUUCAACACACAAUACAAAAUUUAAAAAAGACACUCCAAAUUUACGGUCACUUCGAUUGUUAUUAAUAGAUACACUAACGGUUGAUCCCAUGAUAAAUGAAAUCAUAGCUGAAAAGUUUUUAAAUCCAUUAGGGGUAAAAUAUCCACUAGAUGUAAUAACACCAUUAAUUAGUUUACCAGAACAUGGAGGCAUGAUACUUAGUUUUGGUGAUUUAUUGGGAGUUAAAGGACUUGAUGAUCGUAAUGAAGGUCAAAGAGGAGUGAAAGAAUUUUUCUUGAGCAGGGAAGGGUUGAAAGAGAAUAAGGUUAUUAUAUGGUCUGGUGAGGGAGGAAAAAAAAAGGAUAAAAGGUUUAUAAGAGUUGGUGCAUUUGGAUUUGUAAUGCCAGAAGCAACCAUAGCAGUAGUAGAUCCAGAGACAAGAGCACUAUGUCUUCCGGAUACAGUAGGAGAAAUAUGGGUAGAUUCGCCUUCACUAUCUGGAGGGUUUUGGAAUUUAGCUAAUCAUACCGAAUCAAUAUUUCAUGCUCGACCAAUAUUCGUACCACCUGACACCUCAAAACCAGAAUAUUUUGAACAAGAAUUUCUAAGAACCGGGUUAUUAGGAUCAUUAAUUAACGGACAAUUGGUAGUAUUUGGAUUGUAUGAACAUAGAAUAAGACAAUUUAUUGAAAUUAAACCGGUAGAAGCUCCUAAAAAAUUAAAAGUAAUUAAUCGAGGGGAAGAUGAUAAUGAAGAUGGAAGUACUUAUAAUGAGGUGGAAGAAGAAAAAAAAUUGGAGAGAUGGAAAUUUCAUUAUAC